GUGGGCUAGGUGGAUAAAUGGGUUGGUAGGGGCACGGCGUAGAAAGGGUGGGUCGCCCCUGGGUAAAGUAGGGGUGGUCCAGCGAGCAGAUUCCUGGGCUGAUCGAUGGAACGACCGGCGCAUUGGAUUGUUCCAAGAGUAGCGCGCGCAUUCCCAUCCUUCCCAACGCAGCAUUGCAUCCACCGUGUUCUUUCAGUUACUCACGAUCCUGCCGUGGUGGUGCAUCCACCUUUCGGUGAGUGCAUACCUGCUAACGAGAGAACGAUGCAACUGUGUCACUAGGCCGUGUGACACGUGAUCCUGUCCUUGCACGGUGCUGCUUCUCUUUCACAUCCGUGGCGACGUCCAAUGAUCGCGGCGUAUCGGGAACGCGCACCUUGAAUUCCCAAGGGGACGUGCGUGGUGCGUGAUCAGCCUCAUCCACGAAAAUUGCUCUCGUUCUCGUUCUCGUUCUCGUUCACAUCCCCUCCCGUUGCUGCAUCUCAACCGUAAAACGUAGGGUCAGCCUAAGUGCGUUUGUCGUAACACGAAAAGACCGGCUGAUGUCGCUAGGAAGAGCACGGAAGAGUAUUCGCUAUUGCCAGACGUUUCUACUGGAAACAUGCAUAAACGUCGGUCCCUCGAUGGAAACGUGCAGGAACAGGCAUUGCCCAUUCCAGUUCAGAUGUUCCUUUGGCGACAGUUGAGGCCAUUCAUACGUGCGAAACUUGGCAAGGUUCAUGAAGCAGCCUGCAUGUUCUGUCAACACGCGCCAGGCCAUCAUGAGACCAAGGAAGCUUGUACGUCUCUGGAGAAAGUGUUAGUUCAGAAUCUUCACAAUGAUUUAACACCCUCUUUGAGCCUGAUGCUGGGCACUGUGCCACGAUGGCGUUUGAUCCAGGCCGCUCUUCCCUACGUUCUCCAUGCCACGGCCAAUCUUUUGCACAAUAGGAAGGAUUUUCAAACUCUCGGAGCCAUGGAGACAACUCUUCUUUACAUUCUGCACUGGAUACUUCUCGACGCUGCUGAAGAAUGUGCCGAAACGGAUGCCGAUCCAGGAAAUCCCUUUUAUUAUCUAUUUUCUAUACCUACUAUGAGUCUGUUCGUCUAUCUUUUCGCACCAUUGUGCAAUCACCUAAAAGAUAUCGAUUUUAAAACAAACUUACGUUUGGAGAACGGUUUAAAAAUAUGGUCGGCCAUGUAUGAAUGUCGUCAUCCGGAUACACCUUGCUUCACUACACACUGUCGAAUUAAACCACAAGCUUUGUGGAGUCGAUCUUUCAAGUCUUACAAACAACAUCAGAUGUCAGAUGAUGUGUUUGUUGGAGGGAAUGUUGAAAGUCCACCGAGUCAGUCAGUUAGUGCGUUUUCUGAUCAAAGUGGAGACAGAUCUUCAACGAAACAAUUGGACGACGACAAUAUUUGGGUAUCGUCGCCAAAAGACACUGUAUUCCCAGAAACCAUCCCCGAGGAGAGCUCUGGCGCCGAGGACGAACACGUAGUGAUCUUCAGGUUGCCGUCCCUCAGCGAGUCGGAGAAAGCACUUGACGGGGGUGAAGCUAGUAUUUUCCACGUGGCCAUGGGCAGGACAACUGGGUUUUCGAAAUUAACGAUAGAACAGGUUACAGCUAUUUCAGCGUUGGACACUUGUAGACAAUAUCAGGAAAGAUCAACGACCAUAGGAGGUGUGGAGAAGGAAAAAGAAGAUCAGUAUCACAAAACGGAGAAAGAUACGCAAGACACGUUGAAAACGAAAGGUCCCGUGCUGCAACGAGGUCCUACUGAUUCAAAUGGCGCGGGUUUAACAAGUAGUUGUCCUGCCAUCGAUGCCGAUGUUCGGGCCGCUACUUUUCUCGACGUAGCUGUGCUUAGGUGCCUUUUUGUUCCUCAGUGGCAAGAGGAAGGUGUACAUUGGGCUCUACAAUUUUUAUACCAUAGAUUACGCAUGAUUAACGAGGAAACAUCGGUGCAACAAAUGCCGCGUCGCCGUAGCAAUUCUUUACCCAUACCUAAGAUAGAAGUGUCGAUUUACCAAAGUCCGGAAAGUAAAAAGAAAGACGUGUCGAAGGAUUUUAUGGAGGUGCCGGCAGUUCGAGAAGACGCCUUGCUUCUAGUUGAUCAGGAUGUUGAGUCUAGUCAAACGACGCGAACUAGCGAGAAGUCAAAGAAAAGAAUGAAAAUGGCUGACCUCAAAGCAUUUGUCGAGACGAAAUUGUUGUCAAAGUCUGAGAAAGCGCUCGAGAAAAUUGGUCAAGACGAUCCGAAGAUGCUGUUCGAGCAGGAUAGCCGUAGAAGCCUCGACACGGGCGAUGAAACUUUGACGAAACCUCCUUCGACAACUUCGAAAAUCUUCGAAGCGAAAGACGUCGAUCAUAUGAAACAUCCAACGAACUUAAUCAAAGGAAAAAGCAUGCCAAGUUUAAGCUGCUUGAUUAACGAGCUGACCGCGGGAGGGUACGUCGGCGAUACUCGUAUUGAGAGGAAACAAAGUCGAUUUUAUAGUCAAUCGUACACCGCGCCAAACCCUAUCAUCACCGUCACGGAACACACGCCUACUCCAUCCCCAGAUUACAUGAAGCGACAGGGUUCAAUUGAUAGUCAAUUAGACGUUAUCAGUAUGCACGGUAACCGUUUAGAUUCUGAAAGGAAACCCAGUCUUACACGGUCGCAGACGGAUUCGAAUAUUACUUACGCCAGCGACGAAAUACCAGAAGCACCUGGUUCCUGUUGUUACAUCACCAAAGAAGGUGACAUCGAUCUGCAGGUUGUUCUAAAAGCUGUGCAUUCAGUUGCCUUGAGGGACAGCAAUUGUUGCACCUUACGAGUAUGCGAGAAUAUAUUAAAUUUAAUGGAACUUUUGAUAGACAUGGGAGUGAUGAAGCAAUGUUUUCGUGACGAAACAACCGGCAGUAUAGCAGAAUCUGCGACGGUGGUGGAAAGAACGGAAAGUGGAAAGAAGAAAGGUUCUCCCGAGAACGAGCAAGAGUACCGGCAAGAUCUGCCGGAAGAGUCCAAAUACCAGUCUCACAAUCUCGUCAUGAAUUGCGUGAUCAGAGUAAUAAAACACUUGGGCUGCCCGCACAGCUGCUCGGACGGAAUACGGGGACCGCAGGCCGACUUCUGUCGAUCUCAGGGCCAAACGAUCCUCAGCAAGUUGCAUCGAAACAGUUCGAAACAGUUCUCCCGGUUCCUGAGAUCAAUGGUGCGGGAACAACCGAUACCGGAGAUUUUGGAAUUCUUUCACGCAUUCGUUGGAUUCUGCGUGGAUCCAAGUUCGUUAUUAUCUCCACUUAAUCAGAAACGAGGGUCCAGCAAAUCGCCGGAGGUCGGCUCGCAAGGUGGAUACGCGACGAAUUUUGGUGCCAAUAUUAUUGGAACUGGGGGAACUGGCGGUGGCACUGGCAGUUCCUCCGCGACAGCUGCUGCGGGCACCGUGGCUGCAACAACCACUGGGACUGCAGCUGGAUCGUACGGUGGAUUUAGCAGCCACAGCGCUCGCGGCAUAGAGGGUCACAUUUUCAAUUACGUUUUCAAACCGCUGGUUACGCGUUUCGUAAAAUCACUGAAGGAGCUGAAGUCGCAGGAGAACAUAAGCUUGUACUGCGAUCUUCGGCAGUUCAUGUCGUACGUCAAAGAAGUUCACGGCGGUGCUUUCCGCCGUGUUGCUCUGAGUGGAAUCUUGGACUCUGCGGAUCGACCUAACAAGCGAUGCAACAGCAAUGUUCAAACGACCCGUGUUAUUAGACACAUACACCAGUCUGAUUUGGAGGAACACGCAGAUAUCGGUGAGGAAACUUGUUACACGGUGGAUGACAGAGGUACUAGGAAGUUUCUAUUCAAAAAGCGUAGUACGUCCUCGACUUGCGCAUUCACGUUUAUGCAGAGCCUUCUUGAAACAGAACUGAGCGAAGAGAAUGCGAAGAUCAGCCAAAGCCCCUUGGGAAAUUUGAGGAAAAAGCAUCACAUACUCACACCGCGGCAAAGUGAACGUAAUUUAGGGAUAGACUUGAGCUCUGGGAAAAUUCGGAAAUCUACACGCUUUCAAAUUGGCGGCAUAGUCAAUUGGUUUCGAAGGGAAUAUGGCAGAACUGAUUCCACCGACAGUCACGAAAGCAGCGAAUCGCCAACAGAUGGUAGUUUCGUUAGGCAAUCUAGUUUUCAUUACGGUCAUCACCGUAGUGCAUCUAGAUCGGGUCGUGGCGUUGGCCUAACUUUGCAAAAAGCGAAACGUCGAAUGGAAGAUCAGUUGAACAAGAUUGGCUUCGGAAAGAGUAAGAAGAAAGAAAGUCUGGAAGAGGUGCCAGGAAGCUAUCUCAGCAGAAGAAAUUCCAUAGAAUUUGGCGAAGCCUCUAGAGAAUCAGAGUUCGUAGUGUUGAAAGAGAGAAGGCUGGUACCUCGUAACGCCGUCUACGAUGGAAUGCUUAGAUUCUCAUUCUUACUGGAGACUUGCCAACCGGGUUCGGUUCCUGAUCACUAUCUAAUGGCGGCAAUCUUAGAUCUUCCUUACGCUCCGGUGGUUGCACGAGCUUCAUUGUUGCUGGAAUGUGCCCAUUUCGUUCAUCAGUGUAACAAAGGGCAAUGGCCAACCUGGAUGAAGAUGAACUUUCCCCUGUUUCGUCCGUCGGUUCCCAUUAACAACCGGAACACCACGAUGGCAUCCCGGGUUCACAUGCUUCAACGUACUGCUGGAAAAUUAUUCUAUCAAUGGGCAGAGGCUAUCGGAACAAGACUAGAGGAGUUAUUGUUAGAAGACAAGCAAAACGUCGAUCAGGUGAUCGCGACGGUGUCCGAUGAAAAUAAACAGAGAGAUUUGAUCAUCGAAGACGAGGAGGAGGAUUUUCUCGACGAAGCCAGCAUAAACGGCUACGGAUCACAAUGUCCGAUCGCGUUGCGCCUAACAGCCUGCAUUCUACUUCUGGAAGUGACAGCGUUCUUACGAGAAACCUACCAAACAUUGCCCAAGUUCAAACUUCUGACGAAGGAACGGCCGCCACCUUGGGAAAGGAUGUACAACAGAGAGGCGAAUCGACGAUGGAGCAUGGCACUUUCGUCGAUGGGUCAUUCACAGACCUCGGCUCAAAGUCUUCAAUCGAUCGUAGGUGACCGGGAAAUGGCUCCGGAACGUAAGAUCAGUUUCGUGCUUUACGAACCUGACAACGAGUCAGAAGGUAGUAGUAAAUCAACCGUUACGAUUCAAGGGGAAGAUUUUCAAACAACGGAAAAAGAGAAGGCGAAGCGCGUGCAACCGCCCCAAGGUCGGCCGCUUCUUCUUCGCCGUGGCACCGCGGAGAAUGCGACUGGCUCGUUUAAGAAACGAAGUUUGAAACUUCGACGUGGCACCAAGGAAGGGAAAGAUACUGAAUGCGAGGCCUAUACGGUGAAACGAGCAGACUCGAUACAGUCGAAGAGGAAAGUGAGCUCUCUGUCAGACAGAAGCGACACGUCCGAGCCUGGUUUCGGUGGUGAAAUCAGCGGGGAAGAGUCACCGGGAAUUCUCAUCGACGAUCAACCACCGGAGAGUCCAAGCGACAGCAACGAAACUGACGAGACGAAUAAGAAUUUCCCUUGGAUGAAGGUGCUGAUACAGCUGGUCAAUUCGUUCAACUUCUAUUGCUCCCAUCAGAACUUUUGCCAUCCGUAUUGCCAUCGGCGUCAGAUGCGAGCGUGCAGCAGAUUGAUCAAGUCCAUAAGGAAAAUCUACGGCGAGGAAUUCGGGAUUCUCAAUGGCACGGGGAUGUUCGACUUCGACACGGACAAGAAGGAGGCGAGCAAAAAGGAGAAGCGGAGCCGCAAGGUCUCGGAACAAACGAGCACUCAGGUGUCGCCUGUGCGCAGGAAGGACAGCGUUGGGAAAAAAUACAAAGUCGAGAAGAACAUGGAUGGCUCGCAGUCGGGCAGAUUGGCGCAACGAGAUUCCUCAAAGGAUUUGGCUGAUCAAGACUCGGAGAAAGGGAAGGAGUCGUCGAAAAUCUCCGGGGAUUCGGACAAAGAGAAUUCGCCGGUAUUGAAAUAUCUGAAAACUCAGGUGAAGGAUAUAUUUCACGCGCCGCUGGCCACUAUGGUGAAAGGGGCGGUGGUGAUGACCGAGGAGUUGUUCGUUGACGUUCUACCCGUCGCUUGGGAACUUCUGUUGGAGUCGAACCAGGAGGUUGCAGCGUCCGCCGCGUCUCUCUUCAUAGUGGCGGCUGUACGAGCCCCAAAUCAAGCCAGCGAGUUGAUGCAUCACGGCCUCGAGCACAGCAGCUCGAGCGUACGAAUAAACGCGAUAUUAAGAUUUCAAGUGCUGUGGAAGCUGCGAUAUCAAGUUUGGCCGCGCAUGGAAGAGAAUGCUCACCUCACGUUCAAGGUCCCUCCACCUGGAAUAGAAUUCACUUUACCAUCGCCGAAAAUCGGUAUCGAAUCGUUGCCAGUCGUGGAUCCGCCUUGGAUGCCACAGGUGAAAACAAAGGUGGAGGAAGUGACUAUUAACCAGGAGCAUCAUAGGUCCCUGGUGACGGCAACGAAAACUCGUAAGAAGCAACAAACUGAACUCAUAAAAAAGGCUUUGCAGGCACAAGACGACAAGAAACGCGAAGAAAGGGAAAACUUUCUGAUCACUACCAUACCGAUUACUGUACAAGCAGCAUACGAGCCAAGCCCUGUCGGAGAUGAUCAUGAUGAGGGAAAUGUUGGAGACGAAGAUGGCGGCGAAACUAUACCGAGAAACACAUCUCAUCAUGGCCAAUCUGCACCUUCGUUAUUUCCAUCUUCGCUGUGCUCUGCAAUCGUGCAGAUAAUUAAUCUCCUUGACGACGCUGCCGUUUCAGACGAUGGAAGCGCCGUUUACGAAGUUGCGUAUCAAGUAAUCUGGAACUGUUUGGUAGAAGACAGUGCGCUGUUUCUUCGUUACGUUUUAGAACGUCUUACCAGGGAGAAGCAGGAGUUGAUGUUCAAAAUUUUGAGACAUCUCAUUCGGUUCGUGCCGAAGCUACCUCAGCAGGCUGCUUUUGCUCUGUACAAUUAUAUUAUUGGAUACGUUAUGUUUUAUGUGCGUUCACCGCACGAAGAAGGACAAAAGUUAAUCGGAACUGCACUUUCUAUACUAUGGAUGGUCGUGCACAGCGUCCAUGGAAUAAUGUUCAAAGACUUGAAACAGAUAUUACGGAAAGAGCAGUGUGACGCUUCGAUUUUGUUGACCGCGAACGUUCCAUCCGCGAAAAGAAUCGUAGUUCACGGUCCGCAAGGACCAGAUGCAGGAGGAAUUCCCUCGCAAUUCCCAGUGCAGGAGGACACGCAAUUUUGCCAAAUACUGCGGGAAUCUUUGGACUUUUUCGGCAUCGAGGAGUCGAAGCAACGAGAGUACUUUCUUGUUGACUACAAAACACAUCAAAUUCGCAACCCAUCGUCGUAUGUUCGCGAUUACUAUUUCUUUAAAGGGAGAUCGCAAUUUUCGGAGAUCGAAUUGGUUCAUAUGAAACCGGAGGACGCGUUCAAUGCUUUGCAACGUCAAGAACUGAUUCACAAGUUCGUCGAAAUCGGCAAAGUGUUGCUAACGUGGGCAAUUUUGAAAAACGUCGACAUGGUAGUUCAAAGGGUAGUCUUUCUUCACGAGGAGCUAAUGAAGCUACCUUCUUUCCCGAGAAGAGCACUGGAGGCGGACUUGGAUUUGUAUAAAGGUGGUGAGAUUGGCAGGGAGCUUCUUGGUCUAGACGUGAUGCACAAAUUUAUGUGGGUCAAACUGAUCGCGAGAAUGUUCGAAGCGAUGGCAGGCAAUUUCGCUUAUUCAGGAGACAUUCAUUUGUUUUUAAAUGUUCUGAACGGCGCAGUAAUUCUGCACAGCGAAGACUCGUGCAUUUUGCGUUACGUCAUUGCUACGUAUAUUAACGCCGCGCAUAAUUUCAAGAAUAUUUUUUCGACGAACGGCUACUUGCUAAUUAUGCCGACGUUACUGCAAUUGUACUCCACUCACCAGACGAAUAAAUUGGUGACAACCACCGUGGAGUACGCUGUUAAACAGUUCUAUCUCAUGAACCGAAAGCCAUUCAUUCUUCAAAUGUUUGGAAGUGUUUCCACCAUAUUGGAUACGGAUGAGACUAGCAUUCAUGGAGAAGCGCACAAGGUUCCUUCGGCGUGCCUAUUUAAUUUAUUGCUGAGCUUGGAAACUCCGUCGCCGGAUCCUUUGAACAUAGACGAGCUGGUUAAAGAAGAGAAACCUCUCAAAGCUAUUGAUUUUUGUUACCACGACGAGAAUGAAAUGGUCACUGUAUUAGAUUGCAUAUCUCUUUGCGUGAUGGUAAUAGCUUACGCGCCUGAUUCCGUGAGAGGUCAACAAAUGUUGAGGAUACUGGAAGCAAUACUGCCAUGCUACGUUCAACAGAUACAGUCCCCGACUUAUAACAAAGAAGGCAAAACAGAGAAAGAAAUCAUACAUCAAUUGGCUAUAGCUGUGAAGACCUUAGUAAAUAAUUCUGAAGCACUUACCAAAUAUUACAACGGACCACAAAAGUCGAGCCCCGAGCACAAGGGCUCUAGUCAAAGGAAUUACGGCAAGGGCCCGUAUUCGCCUGGUUUUGACUUCGAAGAUGAUACUCAUACCACCAAAUAUAUGGAACAUUCUAAGGUUCGAACCUUUUAUGACCGGGACAACGACGACGCGGAAAAUUGUCAUAAAAAUGAGUUUCGUCGACCACGCGACACGUUGUUGAACAUGGUCGGAGACUUUGUGGCUCGCUGCACGACCCGCUUGGUCGAAUUGAAUAAAAAAUCUCAAGAUGGAAAGACGAUCGAAUUGUUAGACUCCAAAUGUCAUAUACGAUUGGCGGACAUUGCACACAGCCUGUUGAAAAUAUCUCCGUACGAUCCGAGCACGAUGGGUUGCCGCGGCUUAAGAAGAUACAUGAACGAUAUUUUGCCCUCGACCGAUUGGUCCAGCGACGACAUGAGGCCUGCGUUGACGAAUAUUUUAAGAAGACUGGACAAAACGUUUAGCAAGAUACACAAAAAGGCUUCUAUCAGGAGAAAUACCGACUGGACUGCUGCGAGCGAUCUUUUGAAAGGGGUUUACGAAACGUUGGCAAAAUGUCCUUACAUCGCUCAUUUUCAAUACUUAAAGGCAUUACUCACUACUUGCCAGUCAUUAAUCAUUGGAGAUACCCCACCGGAGGAUAUGACAUCAGCUUCCUCCGCGGCUUUAAUGAGCAAAAUACCUCCGCAACAUUUUUGCUCGACGGUACUUCGACUGAUAGCACUUUACGUUAUAUCUCUCGGAGAAGGAUAUUUACACGCUAUGUUUAUAACUCAAACUCGAAUCGAGAAUAUACUACUCAAUUUAUUAAUACCAUUGUUUCUACGCGUGGGAACAGGAAGAAAAGAUGUACCGAAACUGAGACAGUCUGAUAUAAAUUUCUCGUUAACCGCGGUACUAAACACUUUAUGGCCGCCUUCCACGAAAACUAUGCCAUUAAGCGCACAAAAUUUAAAAACAACGACAGACAUGAGAGCGGGUAGUUUAACAUUUGCAGCGAGAGACUCAAAGACUUCAACUAAAAUGUCGUUGACGUUGUAUCAAGUUGCCUUUUUAGCUCUAAAAAUAAUGACGAUAUGCUUCGAAACGGAACUGAAGACCGAGUGGCCAAAAAUUUUACGCACAAUGCGUUUGCUGAACAAACGAAACGAGGCUUCCACUUACCUUUGGAACUUUAUAGAAUUCGUAGUGACGCAUCGGACCGCAUUGUACAUUCAAAUGCUGCCGUUCAUCGUUCACAAGAUCGGUCAAGCACCGAUCUCGGAGCACGAGAGGAACAUGCAGAGCACAAUACGAUCGAAGAUCACCGGCGAUACUAAAACGGUACCAAAAUCGCGCGGCACUCUACUGACUGAUCUUAUUCACGAAUUGAAGAACCUGAAGGAAGAAAUAGAAGAUCGGAAAUUUGACGAAGCGCAAACAGAGCCAAAGAGGAGUGUCGCGGACAUGCAUUCUGUAAACGAAGGGCAGUCACGCACACAGAGAUUGUCGUUAAUCGAUCUUUUAACCGGAGACCUCGGAUCCAGAAGUCACAUGAAUCAUCAGUCGAAUUCCAGCAGUACUAUUAAAACAACACAGCCGAGUCAAGUAUCAGCGCCGCCAAAUGGUAUACAAACUACACGCGGAUCGAGCACAAGCGGAGGUUCGUCCACCCUUCGCGAAGUUUGCGACGGUGUCGCCGAACAACAAGAGGAACAACAGCCGCCAACAGAUAAAUCCCAACCAUCUUCUACUAACGAUGAACGUAACCAUGUAAAGCCUCAUCCUAUAUUAACUCAUCAAAAGGCGCCAAAACUGCGCUUUCUCUCUUCUGUAGAGUUUAGGCACUCAUCAGGGGAAACCGUGACGAGCCAACUCAGUCCAACCAGUCCAAACGAGGACAGUUCAGGCGAAUCCCGCCCAGACAAACCUCGAUUACAACGCUCUAUGGGUCAAAGCAAGAAGACUUUUCGAUUGCGAAAGAGUCGAAGAAGUCACGUAGAAGCAGUGCAAGUGAAAUCAGAACAAAGUAAUAACGUAACACAACCAACGACCCAACCAUCAAUUUUAACACCACCAACCCCAGUGAUGGAACCAUCGAGUUUUAGCAUCCCCUCCGAUUCGUCAUCGAUUCGCUCGAGAAGAAGUUCAUCUAUCCGACAGUCGGAUUGCGAAAAGGGCAGUAAUUUACUGAGCGAUCAGCAGCAAAUGCAUGCUGGUCUUCACCACCAUCCCCACCAUCACCAUCAUUAUCAUCAUCAUCUUCAUCCUCAGACGUCAGACGCCUCAUGGGACGAAGAUACAUCCAGUACGUCCGGUUAUCGUGAGUCGUACAGUAUGCAAUUGGUGUCACUAGAAAGCAGCAACAAUAAUACUCGUCCAAUUCAAGCACCACCUUUAGCAUCACCAGACUUGAACGACAUGCCCUCAACUAGUAGCACUACGACUCACGUUUUCGAGGGAAGCUCGCCGGAUUGCUCUAUCAACGGAAGCGGAGGAGAGAAAACUGCAUUGCUAACAGCUAGUCAAAGAACAACAUCUCAACAUUCCCUGCUGAUGGUUUUCCCGAAUCAAGAUGAAGACACGUUGAUAUAGACAAUUGACGGAUAUAGAUGCAAUGUAUACCAUGACGAGACUGAUUAAAGCAUUAACAACCUCUAAUUGCUAACGAGAAGUCUCACAGUACAUAUCUAUGUGCUAGUAUUAUUUGCCAUUUGAAUCAUUUUUCUUACUUUUAAUUUACGAUACGUCUUUCUUCCAGUAUGUUUAGCUGUGUUAAUAGAGAGAUACUACUAUUUUCCUUAUACGAUUAAACGUGAAUCACACGCACCGUCAAUUACGGUAAAAAUUACGUUAGCAGUUAAAGGUACAGUCGAACACGACAAUGUAGAAAAUUUUCGUAACGUAGAGCGACUGAGAAAAUUUUAAAAAUGAUCUAACGCAGUGUUCAGAGUUUUCAAUAAUUCUCCGUUGACCGGAAAGACCAAUUAAAGAUACAUAUGUUCAGAGCCUAGCCUCGUGGUCACGGAAUAUGUACUUUGUAAUACUUCGAUGAGCGUAGCGAAAUUACGACCACGUGGACGAUUAGGCCUAAAUAUUUGUAUGUCACGACUCUGUAAGAAACGAGUACAUUUGAAAUAAAAACACUUUAA